AAAUAAUUAAACCCUAAGGCCAAAGUAGCGGCGCUGGAACAAAGGACACAGAAAGAUAUCGUGUUUUCAUAUAAAUAUCUAAACUUUUCCAGUAUUUUCACGCCUCUCCUUUUCUCCUUAAACCCUACGCUUAGGGUUUUGCAGUCAGUCACUUCUUUCGUCUUCUUCUCUCCCUCAGUUGGUCGUACGUUCUUUCUUUGAAUUUCAGUCGAGGUUUAGCGAUGGGUAAAUCAUCCAAGAAGUCUGCCCCGAAAGUUGAUGCCGCGCCUCCUGUUUCAGUAACCCCCUCUAAGCCAAUGAAGAAAGGUAAGAGAGAAGCCGAGGAGUUGCUGGAGAAGGAAGUGAGUGUGAAGAAGCAGAAGAAAGGUGUUGUGGAGGAGGUGGUUAUGAAGAAGGCUGAAGUCAAGAAAAAGAUUGAAAGUAGUUCCUCUGAUGACUCGAGUUCUGAUUCAGAGAUGGAGGAACCACCAAAGACAACUGCUACCAAACCUGUGGAAAUUCCCAAGAAGCCACAGUUGUCUGCUACCAAAAAUGGUGCUGCUAAAAAGGGGAAGCCAGCUAGUAGUUCUGAUUCUGAUGAUUCUGAUACAACAUCUGACAGCGACUCUGACGAGGCUCCUAGCAAGCCUGCAGCUGCAGCUAAAGAUGUCCCCAAGGCGGCUAGCAAGAAGAAAAGUGACUCAAGUGAAUCAGAAUCUGAAGAUGAUUCAGAUGAUGAUUCAGAUGAUGCCAAGAAGUUGCCUGCUCCUGGCAAGAAUGGACCAGUAACAGCUAAGAAGGAUGAAAGUGACUCUUCAUCAGAGGAUGAAAGUAGCAGUUCUGAGGAUGAGAAAGCACCUGUUAAAGGUACCAAGAAUGGUGCUCAAGCCGGUGUUAAAAAGACUGUUGAAUCCUCAGACGAUGAAAGUAGCUCAGAUGAGGAGGAUGCUCCAUCUGGUGCUGCAAAAGGUGCUGUAAUAGCCAACAAGAAAGAUGAAUCUAGCGAUGAUGAGACAAGUGACUCAGAUGAUGAAACCCCAGCUAAGGUUCCUGCCAAGAGGCCAUCCAAAGCAACUGAAAUCAAGGUUGAAGAAGAGAGUAGUGACGAAGAUAGUUCUGAUGAGGAAAGUGAAGAAGAGCCUCAGAAGAAAAAAACUAAAGUUGUGGCUAAAACUGAAAAAAAGGAGAGCAGCAGUGAAGAUGAAAGUGGAGAUGAAAGCUCUGAUGAUGAACCUAAAAAGAAAGCAGAUGAAAAGAAGGUCUCAAAGGAAAGCAGCUCGGAGGAAUCAUCUUCCGAAGACUCAGAAGAGUCUUCUUCUGAGGAUGACGAGCCUAGCAAGACCCCUCAAAAGAAGGACUCAGAUGUAGAUAUGGUUGAUGCAUUUUCAAAGAAAGGUCCUUCAUCUGAAAAAAAAGAACCUAAGACUCCAGCUCAGCCUCAAGCGUCAGGUUCCAAAACCUUGUUUGUUGGAAAUCUUUCCUUUAAUGUCCAAAAGUCCGAUGUGGAGGACUUCUUCAAGAAUUGUGGAGAAGUUGUGGAUGUUCGUCUUGCUACUAAUCAAGAUGGUGCAUUUAAAGGUUUUGGCCAUGUUGAGUUUGCUACUGCUGAAGCAGCCCAAAGGGCUCUUAAUGAGUUGAAUGGUCAAGAAUUACUGGGACGUGGGUUGAGGCUUGACAUUGCUGCGGAGAGAGGAUCAUACACACCACAAAGCGGCAAGGAAAGAAAUUCUUUCCAGAAAGGAUUUGGUUCUCAAGGGAAAGCAACAGCUUAUGUCCGUGGAUUUGAUACAAGUGCUGAGGAAAAUGAGGUGUGGUGCUUCUCUUUUUUCUGUCCUUUUGCAUUUAUUCUCUCCAUAGUACUAAGUUCAGGUGAUUCUUUGCAGAUUAAGGGUGCAUUGAGAGCUCAUUUUGAGUCCUGUGGGGAGAUAACGAGAAUCUCUCUUCCAAGGGGUGAUGAUGGCUUCAAAGGGAUUGCUUACAUCGAUUUCUCGAGCAGGGAUUCCCUCGAAAAAGCUAUCGAAUUUGAUAACCAACCACUUAAUGACAGUCCUCUUACAGUUCAAGAGGCGAAGCCUAGAGAUAAUGCUGGAUAUGGUGGGGGGCGUUUUCAAAAUAGUCAUGACGGUAAGGGUCGGUUUGGAAGUGGUGGACGAGGUGGCGGUCGCGGUCGGUUUGGAAAUGGUGGACGAGGUGACGGUCGCGGUCGAGGUGGCAGAAAUAAUUACAGCAAGCCAAGCAUAAUCUCUGCUGGUAUGUAGUUGCUAUUUUGGUGUUCACUCGUGCAGGAAUGUGUGCUUUUUAGCAUUUCAGAGUUGAAAUCAGUUGGUUUUGUCGGUUUAUUUUUCAAUCUCUGGCUCCCUGGAUACUCUUUUCCAUCACAAUGAUUUAUUAAUAACAAACUAGUCAGUAAAAAAAUGUGUGGUUGUAGAAGCUAACAAUUACUGGACCCUUCCUUGAUAUCAAAUAUCAGUGGUUUGUGUUGUUCUGUUUACUGUUUACUGAAGCUUCAUGAGCCAGACGCAAGUGAAACUGAUUUACAAACUUUAUUAAAGAGUGAUAAUGGGCACGUCUAUAUUGCAUGUCAAUCUCAGCUGAGUUGCUGCUUCUCAAUAAACAUUUUUGGGUUCUUUGAUGGGCUGAUGCUUUUAACUCUGCCUAUGCUUUUGUUUUGGAGUGGUUGCUGAACUUGUCUUUUUUUUUUUUUUUGGUUGUAUUUUUGCAGGUAAGAAAACAACCUUUGGAGACGACUGAUGUCACAACUGGGGAUUGCUACCAUAUAACCUUCUUGCCCGUUUCUUGCUUUGCUAUAUUUCCCCCAUCCCUUUCUGUUUUUUGGUUAUUUUACGGCAGGAGGCUUAGUUUAAGAAUUUUGGACGGAAAAAACGUACACUAGUCUUUACUAUAUUCGAGGCCAGUGUUAUUUUGUUUGUAGAGGUUUGAAUGGGGAUCAUUCCUGUCAUUUGGUCAUUUAUAAAUGUCAUAUGACUUAAAAAGUGUUAUCAUUAUCUUUCUUUCCAUCCGAGCUUUAACCUAAAUAUGGAAAAUUGAAAAACAUUUGAAUGCUUCUCGUAUUGUUAAAAAAUCUUUCAGCUUACAAUUUGCACAGUAAAUGCCGGCUGUUCUUAUCGUGUGGACCCAAUCUCUGCAUACUGGUGGAUCAAUCUCCGUGGGUUUAUUUGAUGAUAUGGAUCAUAUUCUUUCCAGUA